AAACCAGAUCCAAACUAAUAAUAAUAAUUAUCAAGUGUCAAUUCAAAUCCCACUCGACGAUUUGAUAUCAUCGCCAAGCCCCGAACAAACAAGGCUGUUUCUUUUCUCUUCAUUUUCUCUCUAUUCCACCCGUUGAUACCCGUUGUCUCAUGCUCAGAAAGAGUUCACCUUUGGAUGAUUAUGAUAUUAUCGAACAGAUUGGCCUUGGGUCUUUUGGUACCGUUCAUAAAGCCAAGCAUAAAACGACCAACCACACUGUCGCCGUCAAGAUUAUGAAGAAAAAGUUCACCACCGCCUCGCAGUGUCUUCAUUUACGCGAGUACAAAGCUCUACAGCAUCUAUCAUUUCAUCCCAACAUUGUCCAGCUUCACGCCACAUUUCUAGCUCCCACCAAGGAAUUGUUUUUUGUCAUGGAGCUAAUGAACGGUGGCAACCUGUAUCAUCUGCUCAAAGAACGACGGGACACCAAGCGAAUCAUUGAACCCUACGAGGUCAAAAGCAUCUUAUUCCAAAUUCUCGAUGCUGUGGCACAUAUCCACCAUUUUGGGAUUUUUCACAGAGAUAUGAAGCCCGAGAAUGUCUUGAUCCAUAGAGUGCCUGACGGAACGGUAGAGACAUCGAUGAUUAUUAUCAAGUUGGCCGAUUUUGGGCUGGCCCGAGAACUCAAGAGCAAGCCACCUUACACAGAUUAUGUCAGUACUCGAUGGUAUCGAGCACCUGAAGUUUUACUGCGGUCGAAUGCGUACUCUUAUCCUGUGGAUCUCUGGGCGAUUGGCGUGAUUUUCGCUGAAAUCCUUUGCUUGAGGCCCUUAUUUCCCGGGGACUCGGAGAUUGAUCAAUUGUAUAGAAUAUGUCAACUAUUGGGAAGUCCCGCGGGAUGUCAAGGCGCCCAACCAGCACGAAGGAAAAGAUCCAAAUCGGAAAAGUUGCUCAGGACCGGGUUUGAGCGCAAACGGUCUAAUACCACCACGGACGUGCCGGUGCUACCUGAAGCAACAACGAGUCCCAUUGUCAGCCAUGGCGGCGGGGAAUGGCGAGAAGGCAUCAAACUAGCCAGCAAACUUGGAUUCGAAUUCCCACCUACGCCGCCCAUAAGCCUUUUUACUGUGAUCCCACGGGCCACCGAGCCGCUCAUUGACCUUCUUCGCCAAUUCCUCUUUUUUGAUCCGGCCAAACGUAUCAAAGCCAAAGACGCGUUGAUGCAUCCCUUUUUUCUUGAUCAAGGACAGCCGUUUAAAAACCCGGCUUAUCAAGGAGCACGCAACGCUUCUUACGGCACCAACGUGGCGGACUGUCUCGAUGAUCCUUCCGUUGUCCGCAGGGUGCAUGGCCCGUCUUCUAUUGCCAAAGAUUUCAAAGACGUUUUCCGCCUACCCAAAGCGAAACUAAAGGACCCGAAAUCAAAUGCCAAACCAUCGAAAGACAAUGAUCCAUUCCCCUUGGCAUCUCCGCCCAAACAUGGCAUGAAUAAUCCCGGUAUUGAUUUACCCUUCAUUCCACACUCUCCACUACAAGUUCACUCUGACUGGGAUCAAGCAAAACAAAUGAUCAUGGAUAAGCCCUGCGACCCCGUUGGUGGCGGCGGCGAACCAACCGGCGGUAACAGUGACAUUCAUACGGGUAACCAAAGGUUAUCUGUACAACUGCCAUCCAUAACUGAACAGACUCUCAAUGACAACGACAACGCCUUCUCCUCGUCCUCAACCAAACGACAUAGUCUUCUUGAUCUUUCUUUUAUUGACCAGAUAACGAUGUCUCCAUCCAAACUAGAACAAGACAUGGCUCGGAAGACCGGCGUAAGUACGAUUCACGAGUUGACAAGUUCAAUGGGGUCACUGGACCAAUGUGUAUUCACCAUCCGUAAAUCAAACAAUCGAAUCGACGACGUUCCAAUAUCAAAACAAGGCGAUCAGACGUAUCGUUGGCAACCAACCGAUGAGGUUGUGUGGCCGACGCACCGCGAACUCGUUGUUCGCCCCAGUUUAUCGAUUCCAUUGCAACCUGUAACGAACCGUAGUGAGUACGCGCCGAAUGAUCGAUACGCCAUAUCAGGAAACACUGCCCAUGUUGCGCCCAGGCGACUAUUAAAGAAAAAAAGCGAUCAUUCCCUGCUGAGCCGGAGAAAAUGUCAGUUGCAGAAAGAAUGGCAAACUCCGGAACCUCCGUCUUCCAAGAUACCUCGAGCAGAAAGUGUGCCUGAUAUUUUAUCCAGACAUUUUUCGUCUCCCAUGCAAAGGUCAACAGCCGAAAUCAAACAACGCGACGGAUCCGAGAAAAUAACAAGACGAUCGCUGUCGAUGCGCCUCGACGGAUUUCUGGCCCCGGAUAUAAUGUCUUCAUCAUCCGUGAAAAAGAAAAUGCCCCGCUUGAAUUUUUGGACCAAAAAACAUACAGCCACCUCUCCUAUGCAUCUCAUGAAUCGAACAAAACCACCGGUUCCGGACAUGGCCGUCACCACGUGAAACCUCACUCCUCCGUGGCAGCCUGACCGUACCAGCCUCACUAUACAAGCCUGAUCAUACGAGGAUCCACUAUUGUAAAUAAAUUAUUACCUCACUGAUCAACGUCGCAUUAUC